AUGUCCGCUCUCUCCUCUCUCCAGCGUCCACUCAUCACCCGCUCCUCCCUCCACCGCCGGCUCCCUCUCUCCCCCCCACCCCCUCCGCCGGCGGAUCGCCUCUGUCUCCGCCCUCCAAACCCUCACCACAGCCGCCGGUUCGAAAUCCGCGCCCUUGACGUCGCCCAGCCGUUCGACCUCGAAUCCCGAUUCUCCGACCGGUUCCAGAAAUCCAGCAAGCUCAAGAUCGCCAUAAUCGGGUUCGGCAACUUCGGUCAGUUCCUCGCCAAAACCCUAAUCCCCCAGGGCCAUACCAUCCUCGCCUACUCCCGGUCCGAUUACUCCGACGUGGCUGCCAGCCUCGGCGCAUCCUUCUUCUCUGACGCCGAUGAUCUCUGCGAGGAACACCCUGAGGUAAUUCUCCUUUGCACCUCAAUUCUCUCGACCGAGAAAGUCCUUCGGUCAUUGCCAUUUCAAAGAUUGAAGCGAAGUACAUUGUUUGUAGAUGUACUGUCAGUGAAAGAAUUCCCUAGGAGUUUGCUUGUGCAAAUGCUGCCGUUGGAUUUUGAUAUAUUGUGCACACACCCAAUGUUUGGACCUGAGAGUGGAAAAGACGGUUGGAAUAAGCUUCCAUUUGUCUAUGAGAAGGUCAGAAUUGGAACUGAUGAAUCUAGGGUUUCGCGGUGCGAGAAAUUUCUUGAUAUUUUCGCGAAAGAGGGGUGUAGAAUGGUUGAAAUGUCGUGUGCAGAUCACGAUCGACACGCAGCUGGGACACAAUUCAUUACUCAUACAAUGGGUAGGAUUCUUGAGAAGUUGAAGCUGGAAUCAACACCGAUUAACACGAAAGGGUAUGAGACGUUGUUGGAUUUGGUUGAGAAUACGGCUAGUGACAGUUUCGAUCUGUAUUAUGGGUUGUUUAUGUACAACAAGAAUGCUUUGGAGGAGUUGGAGCGGUUGGACCUGGCAUUUGAAUCGCUGAAGAAAGAGUUGUUUGGGCAAUUGCAUGAUAUUCUGAGGAAGCAAUUGUUUGGAAAGGCAGAGGGAUCAGAGGGUUCAGAGGAUCUAGAAUCCCAAAACAAUUGAGAAUCUAUAAUCUCGGUAUGUGUCUGGUGCUUUGUUACUCUAUGGAAUAAUGACAACUUGUUCUACGCAGCGCAAUGGGAACCAUUGGCGUCUGCAACAUUCUGGUGGUGCACGACCCCUGUAUUUUUGGAUUAAUUUCCUAGCCUCCGAGUUUGGAGGAUCUUUUCAGUUUUUUUGUUUAGCUCUGCAGGAUUUUUCCAUUUCACCUAGGAGUAUUUAUUUUCUUUCUUGGACUAGGUAGGAGGGCUUUCUUAAGUUUAUUUAAGCAGCAAUGGUAGAAACCGUAGAAUUCAUUUUUUGUUUCUGGGGGAGCUCCAUCUUUAUUGUGACUACUUCACUGAUAUUUAUUCAUUGUGCUAAGGCCAAGCAGGCUUCAGCCAUAUACACUUGCUUCUUCUGCA